UCGAUGAUAACUAAUUGCUUGAUAUCGUCGAAGCCGUAAAACAAACUGAGUAUUCCUACAGUUCUAACAAAACUCUACCGGUUUGACGUGCUAUCCAAUUCAAAUAAAACUGAAAAAAAUAGUGCAAUUAGUUAUUAUCAAAGGCCCUUUUUUACAUGGCGUUGCGUCAACUAAGAGCCUGAAGCGGUUAGCAAUUACAUCAAAUUAUCUGAUUAGGUUUAUAUCUAGCUAAUCCCUGGCUAAUUCUUUAAUAUUUAAAAAGUUCUUUAAUUAUCUGAAACAUAAACGCAGUGGAUUAGUAGUGGAUCGAACUCGAAAUGGGACAAAAAAAUGAAGAAGCAGCUGCUCCUGAUGUAGUUAAAGAGGGCAAUUCACCGAUAACAGACGAAAACAGGUCCAGUUGGGACAAUCCACUGGAAUUCGUGUUUUCCUGUCUGAACUAUGCCAUUGGAUUGGGAAAUAUCUGGAGAUUUCCAUAUUUGUGUUACAGCAAUGGCGGAGGAGCAUUUCUUCUGGCGUAUUUCAUAAUGCUUAUCCUCAUGGGAACGCCAAUUUUCUUCCUCGAACUUCUGAUAGGCCAAUACUCAGGAGUGGGUCCAGAUCUGGUAUUUAAAUACAUCGCUCCAGUGUUUAGCGGGCUGGGAUACUGUUGUCUUUUGGUAGUGUUUUUCAUCACCAUCUACUACAUGGUCAUUGUUUCUUGGACAAGUUUCUACUUCUUCGCUUCAUUUACCACGAAUUUGGGAUACGGCAGCUGUGACCACGGCUUUAAUUCUGUGGGUUGUUAUAGCGCUUCAGAGGAAGCCAAAUGCUUGGACAAUCAAACAUAUUAUAACCGAAGCUGUAUGUUAAGCGAUGAACUUUGCCGCCAGAAUCAAAUGGACUCGGCAGUGAAUCGAACAUUUUGCGUAAAUGGUACCGAGGAGGUGUCAAUCAACAGACUUAUUGACCGGACAUUGGCUACUUCCGAAUAUUUCAGUGAAUACGUUUUGGGUAUCAAUGGUGCCACUUGGGAGGACUUUGGAGGCAUGAGAUGGGAAAUUUUCGGUUGUCUGCUGUUUUCCUGGGCUGUUUGUUACCUCGCAGUAUUAAAAGGAGUGAAAACAUCGGGAAAAGUGGUCUACUUCACUGUCAUAUUUCCCUAUUUUAUUUUGACUGCUUUGGUAGUACAAGGAGUGAUAUUAGAAGGAGCCGUAGAUGGAAUAUUGCUAUUUUUGAGACCCGACUGGAACAAACUGCUGGAAAUUGAUGUCUGGGCCGCAGCAGCCUCACAAACGUUUUAUUCGUUUGGAAUAGCUUGUGGUUCUCUAAUAACGCUGGCUUCCUAUAAUAAAUUUAAAAACAAUUGUCUCACUGAUGCCAUAGUGGUGAGUGCCACAAAUGCGUUCACCAGCAUUUACGCGGGAUUUGCCAUUUUUUCCAUGCUUGGAUUUUUGGCUAAUCAAAUGGGAUUGCCUGUGGAUGAAGUAGCCACUGAUGGGCCGGGACUGGCAUUUAUAGCCUAUCCAGAGGCAAUAUUGCGGUUACCUGGUUCAACAGCCUGGUCUCUAAUGUUCUUUUUCAUGUUAUUCAUUUUGGGACUUGGGACGCAGUUUGCGGGUGUUGAAGCAAUUAGCUGUUGCAUCAUGGACAAAUGGUCCGCCGUUCGAAAAUAUAAAUCAUACCUGAACUUGGCAAUUUGUUUGGUAUGUUUCUUAUUGGCAAUUCCUAUGUGCUUUUCCGGUGGGAUAUAUUUGUUCACUCUGAUGGAAUGGAAUACUGCAUCAUGGGCAAUUAUGUUAAUAGGUUUUGGGGAAGUUGUAGCAGUAUCGUGGUGCUAUGGAUGCCUGAAGUUUAUCGGCCACAUGGAAGACAUGUCAAUAAGCAUGAGAAAACUAUGGAAAGGUUAUUGGUGGCUCAGUUGGGUUGUGGUUACUCCUCUAACCCUUCUGGGAAUUUUUGUGUUCCAAAUGAAUUACUAUUCACCGGCAUCCUACGAAGACUAUCAAUUUCCCGUUUGGGCUGACGUCCUCGGAUUACUAAUGGGACUGACCACUCUGGUACCGUUCUUUGCUUUUGCAAUUCAUGUUAUAUGGAAGCGAGAAUAUACUGGAUGGGCACUGUUCCAGCCAACAAAAGACUGGAAACCACAGUCGGGCUUGACCGAAAGUCGACUGUCUCUCUCCUCCAACAAAACCGCAUAGUAUAUUAUAAAUCAUGUAAGAUCGUGCAAGGUUCGAGCUUCGCUAACCUCGGGCACCCCCAGAACCCGUUUCGAGCAUCAUCAGCUGAUGAAUCAUCAGCCCAUGAAAAAGAGAACAAACUAAUAGCUUUUUAUUUAAAUGAUCCCAAUCCUAGAGUCUCCACGUUAUGAAACAACCUUCCCCUAAGUGAGUAUAAGAAUACAGACAUUACACUUGAUUAAAGCCGCACGCAGGAGCAAUAUUCAGAAACCCAAAUUGAAGAACGUUUAUUCUUUCCCCAUCUGGGCACACCAACAGUGAAUUAAUGCGUUCAUACAUGCACGUGCUCGAAUAAGGGCAUGGCUUUAGUACUUAGGGGCUUAAUGGUAUGAUAAAUAGAUGCCCCCGACUAUUCGCUUUAAUGCAAUGUUGUCAAGGAAUGCUCCUUAACGAACCUGAUUAAACUGCAAUAUGGCA